AUGGUUGGGGGACAUGCCUCUGCCUCCUCCUCCUCCUCCUCCUCCUCCUCCUCCUACACAGCCUCUUCCUCCUCCUCCUCCUCCUCCUCCUCCUCCUCCUCCUCCUCCUCCUCCUACGCCUCCUCUUCCUCCUGCUACGCCUCCUCUUCCUCCUGCUACGCCUCCUCUUCCUCCCGCUACGCCUCCUCUUCCUCCCGCUACGCCUCCUCUUCCUCCCGCUACGCCUCCUCUUCCUCCCGCUACGCCUCCUCUUCCUCCUGCUACGCCUCCUCUUCCUCCUGCUACGCCUCCUCUUCCUCCUGCUACGCCUCCUCUUCCUCCUGCUACGCCUCCUCUUCCUCCUGCUACGCCUCCUCUUCCUCCUGCUACGCCUCCUCUUCCUCCUGCUACGCCUCCUCUUCCUCCUGCUACGCCUCCUCUUCCUCCUGCUACGCCUCCUCUUCCUCCUGCUACGCCUCCUCUUCCUCCUGCUACGCCUCCUCUUCCUCCUGCUACGCCUCCUCUUCCUCCUGCUACGCCUCCUCUUCCUCCUGCUACGCCUCCUCUUCCUCCUGCUACGCCUCCUCUUCCUCCUGCUACGCCUCCUCUUCCUCCUGCUACGCCUCCUCUUCCUCCUGCUACGCCUCCUCUUCCUCCUGCUACGCCUCCUCUUCCUCCUGCUACGCCUCCUCUUCCUCCUGCUACGCCUCCUCUUCCUCCUGCUACGCCUCCUCUUCCUCCUGCUACGCCUCCUCUUCCUCCUGCUACGCCUCCUCUUCCUCCUGCUACGCCUCCUCUUCCUCCUGCUACGCCUCCUCUUCCUCCUGCUACGCCUCCUCUUCCUCCUGCUACGCCUCCUCUUCCUCCUGCUACGCCUCCUCUUCCUCCUGCUACGCCUCCUCUUCCUCCUGCUACGCCUCCUCUUCCUCCUGCUACGCCUCCUCUUCCUCCUGCUACGCCUCCUCUUCCUCCUGCUACGCCUCCUCUUCCUCCUGCUACGCCUCCUCUUCCUCCUGCUACGCCUCCUCUUCCUCCUGCUACGCCUCCUCUUCCUCCUGCUACGCCUCCUCUUCCUCCUGCUACGCCUCCUCUUCCUCCUGCUACGCCUCCUCUUCCUCCUGCUACGCCUCCUCUUCCUCCUGCUACGCCUCCUCUUCCUCCUGCUACGCCUCCUCUUCCUCCUGCUACGCCUCCUCUUCCUCCUGCUACGCCUCCUCUUCCUCCUGCUACGCCUCCUCUUCCUCCUGCUACGCCUCCUCUUCCUCCUGCUACGCCUCCUCUUCCUCCUGCUACGCCUCCUCUUCCUCCUGCUACGCCUCCUCUUCCUCCUGCUACGCCUCCUCUUCCUCCUGCUACGCCUCCUCUUCCUCCUGCUACGCCUCCUCUUCCUCCUGCUACGCCUCCUCUUCCUCCUGCUACGCCUCCUCUUCCUCCUGCUACGCCUCCUCUUCCUCCUGCUACGCCUCCUCUUCCUCCUGCUACGCCUCCUCUUCCUCCUGCUACGCCUCCUCUUCCUCCUGCUACGCCUCCUCUUCCUCCUGCUACGCCUCCUCUUCCUCCUGCUACGCCUCCUCUUCCUCCUGCUACGCCUCCUCUUCCUCCUGCUACGCCUCCUCUUCCUCCUGCUACGCCUCCUCUUCCUCCUGCUACGCCUCCUCUUCCUCCUGCUACGCCUCCUCUUCCUCCUGCUACGCCUCCUCUUCCUCCUGCUACGCCUCCUCUUCCUCCUGCUACGCCUCCUCUUCCUCCUGCUACGCCUCCUCUUCCUCCUGCUACGCCUCCUCUUCCUCCUGCUACGCCUCCUCUUCCUCCUGCUACGCCUCCUCUUCCCUUUUCUACUUCUGGGUACCUAUUACACAGCUCCAGAAGAAAGUUGAGGAGCUCAAAGAAGAGGAAGAAAUAAAAGUGGAAAGCUAUAAAAAUGUUCUGAGAGACAAACAGCAGCUGGAGGGAGCUAAAAAUGAAGUAUUGAACUACAUGAAAGCUGAAAAUGAGAUUGCAAAAUUAAGAAAUGAGCUGAUGCAAAAGUACAUGUAA